GUGCUGCUGCCAUCCCUUGCUAGGAGUUCUGUUCCCAGAUUCACAUUUAUGUUUCCAUGGUGGUACCACCAAACAUAGCAGAACUGAAGAAUUUGGAAGUGCUCAGCUUUUUAAAUAACCAGAUCAAGGAGCUGCCCACACAGAUCAGCAGCCAUCAAAAACUCAAACACCUGAACCUUGGCAUGAACAGGCUGAACACUUUGCCACGAGGCUUCAGCUCCCUGCCAGCUCUUGAGGUUCUGGACUUGACUUACAACAACUUGAACGAAAAUUGUCUUCCUGGAAACUUCUUCUACCUGACCACCCUGUGUGCACUCUAUCUGAGUGACAACAAUUUUGAAAUCCUGCCACCAGAUAUUGGGAAGCUCACAAAGAUGCAGACACUCAACAAUAGGGAUAACAACCUGAUCUCACUGCCUAAGGAAAUCAGGGAGCUUACCCAGCUUAAAGAGGUCCACAUUCAGGGGAACCGCCUCCCCACUCUGCCCCCAGAGCUAGCUGUAGUGUCCCAUGUCUUAGACACUGCUGAUGAAAGAUGA